AUGUUGAAACAACUUGAGCAGGCGUGUGUUGAUUGUAAUGAAUUUAUUGAUUAUGUGAAGGACACAUGGUUGACACCACAUAGACAAAGAUUUGUUGAAGCAUGGAUUAAUCAAUUGCUACAUUUUGGUAACACCACGACUAAUCGGGUCGAGUCUGCUCAUUGGAAGUUAAAGCAAAUGUUGGGGAACAGUAUUGGUGACAUGGUCAAAUGUUGGGAGGCUAUGAAUGACAACUUAAAGUUACAAUUGGGUAAUAUUAGAGCUUCUUUUCAAAAGAGUUUUUAUGAAGUUGAGCACGCUCACGUAAGUCCAUUUUACAAUAAUUUACGUGGUUCAGUGUCUCGAGAUGCAUUGAGACGCAUUGCUGAAGAGUUAAAACGAGUUGAUUAUGUUGGAACUAACAAGGAAAAGUGUCGUUGUACUCUUAGAACAACCUACGGAUUACCUUGUGCUUGUGAGUUGACAGGAUAUAGAAUUGAUGGUAUACCGAUACCAAUAGAGGUUGUACAUGUUCAUUGGAGAAAACUAAGUAUGGAAGUUAAUUUGGACGAAGACGUAGACGAUGGAUCAGAGGUGGAUAUGAGUAGUGCAAUAGAUGAGUUAUGGAAAAGGUUUAAGUCACUGGAUGUUGUUGGAAAAAGGGCAUUAAAAAGUAGGGUUUUUGAACUUGCCUUCCCAACAAUGACUUCUAUGUGUCCACCACCUGAGAAAAUAAAAACUAAAGGGGGAGUCAAGAGAAAAGACAAAAAACCAGUAGGAUAUGAUGUUUAUAGAGACCCUUCGUAUCACGAAUAUGUUGAUCAAGCAUCUCAAUCUCAACCAUCACAAACUUCGAAGAAGACUAAAUUAUCACAGUCUUCACAAAAGAAAUCUCAACCAUCACAAGCUUCGAAGAAGAUCAAAUUAUCACAAUCUUCACAGUCAUCUAAGCAGUUCAUCCUUCAGUUUCCUAAUCACAUUCGAUCCUAUAUUGAUGAUGUAGUUAAUGGUGUAUCAGAUGGUAAUUGUGGUUUUAGAGACAUUGCUUCAUUGCAUGGAUUUGGUGAAGAUGGUUGGGCAAUGGUUCGUCGAGACUUGGGUUUGGAAAUAAUACAUAAUGAAAGAUCAAGUUUGUAUGCCAAUUUAUUCACUGAUCAGUUAGCAGUGGUGAGAGAAUCUUUGAUGAUAGAGGAAGUCGGUCCUCAACCACCACAUAAAUGGUUAACUCUACCAGAUAUGGGUUACGUGAUAACGAAUCGUUAUAAUGUUGUACUUGUCUGUUUAGGAAUUGAAUGCUGGACUUUCUUCCCUAUGACAACUUCAUUUUCACCGAAUGUAGCAAUUUACUGCAUUGGUUUUGUAAACAGAAAUCAUUGGGUUCAGGUAAACAUGAAAGAAGGGUUUCCAUUGCCACCAGUGACAGUAGAUUGGAAGAAGUUUCGUUCUUCAGCAGCAACAUCUUGGAUGCUAGGAUUUGCAGGACGUCUACAACAUUGGCAACAACUUACGCCUAUAUUACCAACGCAUUAUACAUUAUAA